AUGGCGGGGAUCAACAAGCAGCAGGAGGUGGUGGUCGCCAAGCACCGUGCGAGACGGCGGCGGAAGAUGGUCGCCAAGCAGCACGGCCGAAAGCCCCGUUGUCGCGUUGCAGCAGCCGACGCCGAUGCUGCAUCUGGCUCCGUGCUGGACUUGAGAGUGCCAGCCCUUGAUCCUGGUCAAGCUGUGGGUGGGUUGAGAUUUCUUCUGCAAAAGGAGCUCAGAAACAGUGAUGUUAGCCAACUCGGAAGAAUUGUUCUGCCAAAGAAAGAAGCAGAGGCCCACCUUCCCUGCCUGACAUCCAGGGAAGGCAUUAUGAUAAACAUGGAUGAUCCGGACAACCUUCAAGCCUGGACCUUCAAAUACAGAUUUUGGCCUAAUAAUAGGAGCAGGAUGUACGUACUGGAGAACACUGGGGACUACGUCAAGAAGAACUGUCUUCAGCUUGGAGAUUUUAUCUUGAUAUAUAAGGAUGACAGCAAAGACCGAUACGUCAUUAGGGCGAAAAAGACAGGAAGUGCAGAGCAUUGUGUCGCACCUGCAGAUGAGGGGAUUUUUGACUCCAUCGUGCCAGACAUUGUGGUCGGCAGUGCCCGAUACUCCGAUCUCUUCUUGCCACUGGCUGAGGGUAUCAACAUCGCAUAUGGCUAUGGCCUGAGCUGUGCCUUCGACGAAGAUUUCCCCAUGACCUUCCUUGAUGAGAGUACUGGAAGUGCUUCAAUUGCUUCUCCCAAGUCUAGUGAUCAUUAA